GAGCGUCCCUUCCCAAAUAAAACAUGGGACACGUGCGCUGUUGUUGGGAACGGAGGGAUACUGACCAACAGCAGUUGUGGAAAUACGAUUGAUUCAGCUCAGUUUGUGAUCAGGUGCAACCUACCUCCUUUGAAUAACGGCUUUGAGAAACAUGUGGGCAUCAAGACCGACCUUGUGACAGCGAACCCAAGCAUCCUUGUAGAGAAGUAUGGGGCUCUAAUGGGGCGCCGUCGUCCGUUUGUGGAGAGUCUGCGUAGCUAUGGCAACUCCCUGCUGCUCCUUCCCGCCUUCUCCUACGGCCACAACACUCCUGUGUCCCUGCGGGCCUUCUACACCAUGGAGGACUUUGGAAGCCCCAACCGGCCCAUCUUCUUCAACCCUGAGUACCUCCAGAAACUGGCGCUCUUCUGGCGCUCCCAAGGCCUCCGAGCAGUGCGGCUCAGCACCGGCAUAAUCAUGACUAGCCUGGCGCUGGAACUCUGUGCCAACGUGCAUCUGUACGGGUUCUGGCCCUUCAGUAAUCACCCACAUGGAUUCCAUGCCCUGACUAACCACUACUACGAUGACAGACAAACUAAAAAGAAAUUCCACGCCAUGCCAGCUGAGUUUGACCUCUUGUUGCGGCUGCACACUCAGGGGGUGCUAAAGCUUCACCUGGGAGAAUGUCAACCAGGUGCAAAGUAAGUUCCCAGACUAAGAGGCAGCUGACAGGACAGGAGCAAAGUGCCUUCUUUGUAGCCUCAGGAAGAAACCAGUCACACAUAAAGUCUUUCAUAUACUUUUGAAUGAAUGGACAGAUCUAUAUUGGCUAGUGACACGGAUUAACGUUUAAGUUAUUUUAAUUGAGUGUGACUUGCAGUGACUGCUAAGUUCAGCGGCCAAGACAUUUGCACUAAAAUCAAAAUGCAAUGAUCACAAGACUUUCUGUAAACCGUCGUGUAGUGUACCUAAAACUGUAUUUAUUACCACAAAUGUUCCAGCUGGAGUCUGGAGGAAGAUAUUUUGAUUUAAAUGGAAAACUGUUGUGAGCCCUUGGUGGUGGUGGGGGGGUCUACAUUGUAGUGCCUUAUGUGAAUCAAUAACUAAUGACAUGUAACUGACCAUGGGAGCUUUUUGCAACAAACUGAAUGUAUUUUGAAGAAAUACCUCCUUUACAUGAAAACUGUCUGGCUAAAACGCGUUCAAUGAAAACAGCAGCACAAUGAAUGUGAAGAAUCUUUUGUUAAAAAUCACGUCACACAUUUAACCACUUUAGACAAUAAUCUAGGAGCUGUUGAGGGGAAAAGUAUGGUAUUCACACACUUUAAUCACACACAUAUUAUAAAAAGGCUGGUGGUGGUUGUGGAGGAUCAUUUUCCGCACUCUUAUUCUCAUGGUACGCCAUUGACACUGUUGGAUGUGAUACAGACAUGGAAUAAGCCUCAGAUCUGAAAGUGCCUGCGUGGGUUGUGUCCUAGUAGCGUAAACUACUGACAAUCACGGCUGCCCUCUGUGGGCUGUGGUGACGACACCACAGAACGAAAAAGGACUAAUAACGUUCUGUUCACAAAGGUUGCUAUGGGGAGCCUGUGUUACAAUGUGCUACCCCUCGUCACCACAGUGACCAGACCGAGGGGUAAGCACUGUCACGAAGUGGCAGCAUACACACAUUGGUACAAUGUUAGUUUGGAAGCAAAUACUUUUUAAGUUGAUGUAAAUGCUAUA